AUGGAUGCCAAAUUUUACCUGACGAACGGAACUGAAACAGUAACUUUUACUGGAAACAAUUUUACUGUUAAGAACGGACAGUGUGCAAAUUCAGGAGACUUUCAAUCGUGGUUGGUAAUAGAAAACAAAAAGGCAGAUUUGCUGACAUUUACAUUUAAUGCUCCCUCUGAUUUAAUGGUGAACAUGGGCCUGAAGUUUGAAUUUGCUCCAUUUGAAUACUUUCCAGUUGCAGAUGAGCUUAAGUCAAAUAUUAUAGAUUUGGUGACUACUAGAGACCUGCAUCUUGGAGACUUUAACAAGUUGUAUCUGUGCAAGUCAAAGCAGAGAGUGACUCUUAAAGGAGAACUGGAUGGAGUCACAUACACACU